GACUUCAGUAGUUUUUCUCCCUAAAAUCCAGUCGAUUCAAAAUUUUCUUUCUCGAGACUUGAGGAACAAUUUAAUCUGAGAGCUUAGAUUGUUACAUGCUAUGGUUUAACCACCUUUGCAGGCAAUUUUAACAUUACGUACUGGAAAUGCCACGGGAUUUCUCCCAGGAAUCCCUUGUCACGCCAUUUGACAGACGUAUUGAUUUCUUGGAGAAUGAAUUGUGUAAAAAAGAUGAAAUGAUAAAAUCAUUGAAAAUCCUAAAUGAGAUGGGACAGAAGGAAUUAAACCAAAUCAAAAUGGAACUGUCUGUUGCCAAAUCGUACAUCAACAGUCUCCCUACUCUAGAAGAAGUUGGCAAACUUAAGAAUGCCUUAUCUGACUUGAAUGAUGAAAAACAACAACUUACUUGCGAUCUCUAUACUCUCAAAGAAUUGAACUCAGAGUUAACUUCCAAAAUUUCUGCUUUGCAUAAAAAAGGAAUUGAAAAUAAAAGUGAGCUUCAAAAUAAAACAGCUGAAGCUGAUGCUCUCAAGUACACCAUUAAACUUUGGGAGAACAGGAGAAGAGCUGCACAACAAGCAGGGCAUGUAACUGUUGAAGACAUCAUGGCUGAUAAAAUGAAGCUAGAAGAACAAUUCCAAGAUAUGUUGAAAAUAGCAGCAUGUCGGGAGCAGUUUUUUAAAGCAAGGAUAGACAAAAUGAAGGACAAAGUGGAGAAACAUAAAUAUACGGUCGAUACGCAGCUAGAAAUAUGUUCCUCAUUACGUGCUAAGACUGAACGAUUUAAAGCUGAAUUAGAAGAAAUUCGAUUAGAAAAUAAUAAGCUAAACGAGACCAAGAAGGACUUAGAAAAGAACUUCGCUGCCCUUGCUGUAGAACUCGGAGAACUUAAGGCUGUUGAAGUCAUUUGGAAGAAAACCGAUAGUGACGUAAGACAGUGUAUCGUAGACAUUUCAAAAUGCCAGAAAGCUGCUAGAAGAUUAAUUGUAUUCAUUAACAACGCUAUAAGCAAACAAUUCCUAGACCCUGCUUUACUCUUCUCUUCGUGUGAUGAUGAUUUGGAAUACGAGGAUGAAGAUAACGAAAAUUUGGAAAAAAGCGCACAAAUUCGUCUCAAUGAAAUCGAAAUUCUCAACAAACACAUAAAGGAGUGCCAGAAAAUGAUCACAGAAAUUUACGUCUCUAAACUCAGUACGUUGGGGGAUAGUCAGUGCCAAAUCCAAUGAUAGAAUUUUCCAAGUUUGUCUACAGUAAAAAAAAAAAAAGAAAGCUCUUGCUAUGUAUUAUAAUUUGUAAAAUAAACCAACAGCGAAAGAUGGAAUAAUGAACAAUCAA